CUCUCCAUUUUCCGUCGUCAGGUAGUUAGCACCAUUUUGUAAGGAAAGGAAAGGAGAGAGGGAGAAUAGGCUGGCCUCAGUUUAUAUAUAAAUUUAAGCAUAUACUGUUUUAAUCACUGUAGCUAGCUAGUGUAGUUCGUAUUUUAGUAGUAUCCGUAAGAGCAAGGUGAAAUAAAACAUCUAGUCAGUAGUGGAUCCAGAUCUGUCGGUUGUAACUAGCUUAAACGUUCACUGUUAACUGGUCUAUCGCUCAAGCUAAGGAGCUUGCUAGCAAAGUGAUACACGAGUAUCGGCAAAACAAGCAACGAUCAAAGAGUUCCAGUGAAGUCAAAAUGAGUGCUCCCUCCUCCCAAAAAGUUGUGCUGAAAAGCACCACCAAGCAGUCCCUGAAUGAGCGGUGAGACGCGCUACGCACCCUGACAGCACUAAGCGAGGCGAAGGUCGAAAAAGUGGUACAGACGGCCCUAGUGGGCUCUACUACGGAAGGCCACUGUUGGGGACCAGACAUGGACGCUAGGCUGCCCGGGGCAGACGUGUGCGCUGCUCACUCAAAAUGCAUGCCAUAUUCACCGUUUGCUGACAUUAGAAGUUUGGAGUGCCUUUUGUGUGAGCAGCGCACACUUAGACCCAAGGAGAGAGGGUAACAGUGAUGCUUGGUAAGGCGAUGGCCGAGAAUGGGCACAGGCCGCACUCCUGAUAUGCCCCGGCACUCCUCUCUGUGUGUCACACAUUGGUGCAGUCCCAAAAUAUACUGUACAUAUGGGAGAGGAGACACCAAACCAACAAAAAGGGGAGGGUUCACCCUCCCGCUCCUCUCCCACCCUCUCUCUACACACACACAACUCUCUCUCAACUAAAUUACUGUUUAGCCAUUUUGUGUCCUUUUCCUCUUCUUUGCUACCACUUUCAUUUUCAGUUCUCUGUGCUCUGAAGUCUUUCUGUGAGACUAGGUGCCCAGUCCUAGCCCGGACGUGACCACCCCCCCUUUCCUUGCUCUUCUCUCCCCCUUUUCCUCCUAUUCUCAUAUGUGUGGUGUGAGCACAAGGCACGGUCCGGGCUGUAAGUGGCUGGGUUGCCAGAUACCCCUCCAGUCCUGGGCCUCCAACCUCUGCCAGGCCUUUUUCGCGGGCUGAUGCCAUCAAAACAGGGUGGCGUGGAGGCCUGUAAGUGGCAAUCACUCUCCUCUCUUGUCAUCCACUUUCCUUUCUCUCUGUUUUCUCUUCUGCCUUUCUCAUUCUUGUCUUCCAAUCUGUCCCAUCUGUUCCAGUGUUUCUUCUGCUUUUUCUAUCUUUCCACUUUUGUUUUAUUUUAACCUAAAAUGUGCUGAAUUGCUUCCAGAAAGCAUUUUGGGUUGUCAAAUACUUAACAAUGAGAGAGAGCGAAACAAAGAGAGUGAGGUGCCAACAAGCGGGGCAUUCAUAACACACGCCACAGCUCCUGUGGCCGUGUCCAUGGUAUGAGAAAUGACUUGAUUUGGAACCAUCCCUCCCCCUCCGUAUCCUCUCUCUCUCUCCCUCCUUUACCCCUUCUCUGUUCCGCUCCCCCUCCCCUCCAAAGCUUCACUACCAUGCUGAAGAACAAGGCGCCGACAGCGGUGAGUGUGCGAGCCACCAUGCAGCAGCAACACAUGGCCAGUGCCCGCAACCGCCGCCUCGCCCAGCAAAUGGAGAACAGGCCCUCUGUGCAGGCUGCUCUGCACCACAAGCAGAGCCUGAAGCAGCGCCUGGGGAAGAGCAACAUCCAGGCCAGGCUGGGCCGGCCCAUCGGGGCCUUGAUGCGGGGGGGUGCUGGCGGCCGGGGAUUCGCUGUUGGAGGGAUGCGGGGGAUGACGAGAGGAGGCCUGCGAGGUCGCGGCAGAGGAGCUCUGAGGGGCGCUAUGGCUCUGAGAGGGAAUCGCCUUUCCCCAGGCAUGGGCCAGAUGCGUGGCAGAGGGGGUCCAGGCCGUGUGGCCCUCCGUAGGGGGAUGCGUCAAAGAGGGGCUGCUGGUCGUGGAGGUGCCUUUGGCAGAGGAGCUGGAAGAGGAGUGGGAGCCAGGGGACGAGGUGGUCUGCGUGGGCGUGGUGGCUUCGCUGGCAGGGGUGGUGGCCGCGGUCGCGGGGGUGGAAGAGGAGGCCGCGGCAGGGGAGGUGGCCCAGGAAUGACCCGCGAGCAGCUGGACAACCAGCUUGACGCCUAUAUGUCCAAGACCAAGGGCAACCUGGACGCUGAACUGGACGCGUACAUGGCCCAGGCUGACCCAGAGGGCAUGGAGUGAACCAGGACCUCCACCGCGAGAGUAGGGACUCCUUCAACAGGCCCACACUGAGACAGUGCUGAUAACAUGAAAGACGCAGAGAGAAGCUUGUAUAGUACUAUUACACCAAACAAAUGUAAUGAUAAACGCACUUACGUAAACUCUGUGCACUGUCUCACAUUACAUGGCAAAAAUUUGUGAUGUGAUCACAACCUCUGCUUGAAUAUACAACUCACAUUCACUGACGCACAUGCAUACAAACACACUUGUUCUAAAAUUGUGGGCCUAUGAAGAGAACUGUUCGAAAUUGAACUUUUUCCUGAAUGUGGACUUGACCAUUCUAUCAGUAUCAGUACAAAGUAGACUCGCACCGGCACAGUUUGAAACCUUUUUCCUGUGUGUGCAUGAAGAAUGCAAAGAUCUUUUAAACUUGAAUGGACGACGCUGACCGGAGUAGACUUAAAGAACCAACAUCAUCAACGCUCCUGAAAUGCCUGCUUUUUGGACCAGAAUCUCUUGGCAGAAUCUGUUUUGAAGCUGAAUUGGGACUAUUACCGAACUUUGCGUCUAUGUCCAUAUGGUUAAAAGUGCUUUAGCUCCAUCAUGUCUAACUAGCAUCCACUUCUUAUAUUUCGUAAACCUAUUUUUUACUGCCAUGUUUUUGUUAGGAUUUGUAUUUAGUAUUGGAUGCUCCUUUUACUGUGUUAGCAGAAGUGUACAAGGACUUGACUCUCGAGUAGAAAAAUCGAAUGAAAAUUACAAGGGGAAUUCUAGAAAAAUCUUGUGUUUUUAUUCUAUUUAACGCCACCAACUUAAGCUUUGCUUCUGGAGAAUUUAAAUAUGUUGUCUUUGGUUGAAACUCCCCUAACAGCAUUUUAUGGAUGCUUGUCAUACCAAAUAAGCAACUACACGAGAUGCUAAAUAUUUCAAUCCAAGUUGCAAAGGUGUGCGAGUGGUCUCUUCCCCCCCCCCCCUGGUGUCAAUUGUAAGAAUUUGAGAUGGUCUAUAAAAGAACGGGUUGUUGUACACCACUCAUAAAGUGAGUGAAAAUGUUUUCAGAUUGUGUCCAUCUGGAUGAAACUAAACUCCAAAUGCUAUGUAAUUCCCUCUCCUUCCAACUGGUUAUUGUCAUAGAAUAGAGAAUAAACAUUCAUCUUCUUUU